CGUGUUCCAAACCCAACAUCACUUCCUGUACGCGCUUGUUGUCACUUCCGGUGAUUUGGUUGCCAUCUUUCCUCCGGUGUAUAAUGGCGAACAACAGCGCGGCGGCCCAGGCUGGGGCGCCGCAACCAGCCCAGACAGGCGGCGGAGUAAACAAGCCGGCGGCCUCAGGGAAAUCCGGAAACGUGUUGCCGCUCUGGGGCAACGAGAAGACUAUGAACCUGAACCCCAUGAUCCUGACAAACGUUUUGUCCUCCCCUUACUUCAAGGUGCAGCUGUACGAACUUAAGACGUACCAUGAGGUGGUGGACGAAAUCUACUUCAAGGUUACUCAUGUUGAACCCUGGGAGAAGGGCAGCCGGAAAACUGCUGGACAGACAGGGAUGUGCGGAGGGGUUCGUGGCGUUGGCACUGGCGGCAUUGUUUCCACUGCUUUCUGCCUAUUGUAUAAACUGUUCACCCUCAAGUUGACAAGAAAACAAGUGAUGGGUCUCAUUACACACACUGACUCCCCCUACAUCAGGGCUCUUGGUUUCAUGUACAUAAGAUAUACACAACCUCCUGCAGAUUUGUGGGAUUGGUAUGAGGAUUUUCUUGAUGAUGAAGAGGAACUGGAUGUAAAGGCUGGGGGAGGCUGUGUAAUGACUAUUGGAGAGAUGCUGAGAUCAUACCUCACCAAGCUAGAGUGGUUCUCCACGUUGUUCCCCAGGAUUCCAGUACCGGUCCAGAAGCAUUUAGACCAGCAGAUAAAAACGAAGCCACGGAAGGUUAAGCAGGAAGGCGCAGAAGAAGUGGAGGAAGUGGAGCGGCACACAGAGAAGCGCUCCAGAUCGCCAAAAAGAUCAACAAGUCCUCGGAGGUCUCCCAGGAGAUCCAGAAGCAGAAGUCAUCAUCGAGAGCACCAUGGCACUUCAAGUUUUGACAGAGAACUUGAAAAGGAGAAAGAACGUCAAAGACUAGAAAAAGAAUCAAAAGAUAAGAGAAGAUCAAGAAGCAAUGAUCGCGGGCUGGAACGCAGGAGGAGCAAAAGCAGAGAGAGACACAGGACACGAAGCAGGAGCAGAGACCGCAAGGCUGACAGAAGAGAAAGGGACAGAGAGAAAGAAAAUGAGAGAAGUAGAAAACGGGACUAUGACAAAAAAGGUAAUGGUAGAGAUAAAGAGUCUGAUAGGACCAGAGAUCGAUCCAAAGAAUGUAGGAGGAGUCAGGAGAAAAAAGAGAGAGAUAACAAGAGGCACAGAGAUGACAGAGAUUCUCGCAAGGAGAGGCGGCACAGCAGGAGCAGAAGUAAAGAGAGAAAACAGAGAAAGAGUAAGAGUCCUAGUAAGAAUGCAAGCAGUCGAGCUCACAGCCGAAGCAAAGAUAGGUCAAACCGACAUAAAGAGAAAGCAAACAGACGUAGCAGAAGCACAAGUCGAGGCCGAACAGACAGUGCAGAGAAGUUAAGGAAACGGGAGCGCAGCUCCAGCAUGGAGAAACCACGUAAACGAAGCAGGAGCAAAGAACGGGGGCAUAAGCGUGAUGGUGAAAACAAGGACCAUGAUUACCACAGCGGUGACCUUGAUGAAAAGCAAAGAGACAAAGAUGAGACUCUGUAACAUUUAAAUUGAACGGAUCACAUUGAAUCCUGUUUCCCCUUUUUAUUUCCUGCUUCCCUCACAAGGUCAUGUUGUUCAGUAGCACUCUUGUUUAUAUUAUUUUGACAAUGUCUAAGCCAUGAGACAACUUUCUCUAUUUUUCAUUUUGGGAUGUGCCUUUUGGGAAUCCCUCGUGCACUGGACAUAAGUCGGUUACUCCUGCAUCAGCUCAUUGCCUCUGUGCGGCUAUUGUUGCGUUUUUAUUGGUUCAGUGUUCUGAAAAUUGACUGAUAUUUUAAUUCCUCCUAUGACACAAUAGCCCUGCAAGAUUCUGUAUGCCAUGUCGUUCAGAAGCUGAUGAGGUUGUCAUUUUCUCCAAAUGCUGCGCGCAUGGCUUUCGUUAAAAAGUUUGUUAAUCUGAUUAUUUUUGUCAUUUUUUAAAAUGAAUACAGACUUAAAAUUUCAAAUUAGUCUUACUGUCAAAUUAUAAGGUUUUGUUUUUUUUUCUUUUUAAAGAAAUGUAAAAUUUUUGAAAUAAGCUUUUCCUUUCUAAAAUGGGUCCAUAAAAAUGUAACUAAAUGGGUAGAGCCUAUAAGAAUGGAACAAUCUUCUGUUUUUUGAUGUCCAAAGAAACGAUCUCCUCCUUGUUAAGGAUUUUAACUGUUCAAAGCAAAAAUUAUUCUAAAUUUAGAAUAAUAUAAGAAUAAAAACGUGUAUUUUCUUCAAA